AUUGCUAAAUUCGCUGUUUUAUUGACAGAAAAACAGCCAAAGAAAAAAACAACAUUCUUCCACCCCGCUGUGGGUAAACAAAACAGAACGCCAGCUCGCAUUUUCCGUAAUUGUACCAGCAAACUGUGUUCCGAUCAAAAUCGGCAAAAUGUUCUCGUUUAAGCAGCUAGUUUGCUUCGUGCUUUCACUUCUCUCCUUCAUGUCCGUGUUUUAUUCCGUGGGAAAGCUUGGCAUUUUCCUGGCAACGCCCAGCCGCACUCCGUCAUCGACCCAAGCCUUCCCGUCGAACCGUACCGAGGCACGGGCAGCCCUGUUUCCGCUGUUCUUCAACACCAUCUGGGUGGUUCUGUUCGUACUGCAGCACAGUGCGAUGCGGGCUGAUGUGGUAAAGCGGGUUUGGAGAGCGAUCGGACUCGAGCUGGCCGAACGAAGCCUGUACAACAUUGCGUCGUCGUACUGUUUGCUGCUGCUGCUGAAGAACUGGAAAUCUUCACCGACCCAGUAUCAGCUGUGGUUUUUCGACGUUGAACAAAACAAAACGCUCUGGUGGCUGAUGGUCGGAUCGCACGUGCUGUGCUGGAUUGUCGUGUACGGUGGUAGCUUGAUGGUUGAUUUGCCGGAGCUGAUCGGAUUGAAGCAUGUUUACUACGACAUCAACGAUCUAGCACCACCGAUGUCGUACAAAUCGCGCGAUUUGCAGGACUACUACAAACGCUACCGUCAUCCAUCAUUCGUUGCCCUCUCGGUGGUGCUGUGGUUCACCAACGGUAUGUCGGUUGACCGUUUUUUGCUUGCCAUCGUUUGGAGUGUGUACAUGUACCUGGCCUGGAAUACAACAAAGGCAGACCUUCAGUAUCAUCAGCUUCAGCUGGAACGGAAACGUGCCGAGUUGGUGCGUGUCACGAAAUAAGCUCGGCGCCCUUCUUCCCAUGCGCAUCGUUUGUGCAGUGUGUAUGGAGGCGUACCGUGUUCAUCAAAACUGACUGACUAAUUUAUUUUUCUUCGUAGCCUUUACAAACGAGUAGAACCUGAUACUCCAAUGAACUAAUAAAACUAACCAAAGUAUUUGAUAAAAAGA